ACAGCGAGCUGCUCUUUGAAGGGCCGUUCUUGAGCUCAGAGCAUACUGAGCUGAUGAAACAUGGCUUGAAAGAUGGAUCGGCUUUACAGGGGAGCAGAGUCCAUUGGCUCCUAUACUGCGGAAACCUUUUCCUGGCUGUUCUGUUAUCUACAAAAGAUCUUCAUCUCAGCCCCACCAGGAGAGCCAGAAAUUUCAUGGGCUUGCAAUACCACAGGAGACAGGAAACCGCAUUCUUGCCUGUCAGCCAGCCCCAAUGUGGAAGAAGAAGAAUGUGAACUCGGUCCCCAGAAGGACCCCACAAGGCAGUCGCCCCUGGACUCCGAUCAAGGGCUGACAAAAGGUCUGAAGGAGAAAAAGCUCACCCCAAAGAAACUGCAGCUCCUUCUGGUGGGGAAAACAGGAAGUGGGAAAAGUGCAACAGGAAACAGCAUCCUUGGCAGGCAAGUAUUUGAGUCCAAAAUCAGCGCUAGACCAGUGACCUUGACCUUCCAGAAAGGGAGUAGAGAGUGGGAUGGAAAGGAGGUUGAGGUGAUCGACACCCCAGACAUUUUGUCACCUCAGUAUCAGCCUGAGGUGGUAGCUGAGAAGAUCUGUGAAGUCUUGGCCUCUCCAGGGCCCCAUGUGGUGCUCCUGGUGAUACAGGUGGGCCGGUACACGGCAGAAGACCAGCAAGCUGCCAGGCGCCUCCAGGAGAUCUUUGGAGAAGGGAUCCUGGCUUACACCAUCCUGGUGUUCACUCGGAAGGAGGACCUGGCUGGGGGUUCCGUGGAGGAAUAUGUUCAAGAGAACAACAAUAAGAGCCUGGAUGAUCUGCAUGUUGCAUGUGAGAGGCGACACUGUGGCUUCAACAACAGGGCACAAGGGGAUGAGCGGAAGGCCCAACUGGAGGACCUUAAGGAGAAAAUCGAAUUGGUCUUGUGGGAAAACGAGGGCCACUGUUACACCACAAAACUUCCAAAUGUUCCCAGCAAAGCAGUUUAACCACAGAGCAAGGCUCUGAGGAGGAAUCCCUCGAGGAGUCCUGGCUGAAAGGCUGUCCCAGAUCCUGAUGGCUUCCGAGAGACCUGUAGGUUCCUGAUAGGGAGGGCAUCCUGACAACUGGAGGAUGACCACACGCAGGAGGGUCUUAGUUAGUGUUCUCUUGCUGUGAAGAGACACCAUGACCACACGCAGGAGCGUCUUAGUUAGUGUUCUCUUGCUGUGAAGAGACACCAUGACCAUGGCAACUCCUAUAAAAGAAAGCAUUUAUUGGGACUGACUUAGAGUUUCAGAGUCUUAGUCCAUUAUCAUCAUGGCUGGGAACAUGGCGGGAAGCAUGGAAGCAGGCAGCAGACAUAGAGCUGGAGAAGUAGCUGGGAGUUUGCAUCCAGAUCCACAGACAGCAGUUUGAGGGAGACUCUGGGUUUGGAAUGGGCUUUUUGAAACCUCAAAACCCACUCCCAGUGACAGACUUCCUCCAACAAGGCCACACCUCCUAAGCCUUAAAAACAGUGCCACCCCCUGGUGACCAAGCACUCAAAUCUAUGAGCCCAUGGUGGUCAUUCUCAUUCAAACACCACAAGGACAUUCCAUCAGCAGCUGUACCCUGUGUCCAGCCCUUGUUAUCUGCUCCUUCUGUCUCCAAAGAGAACUUUCCAGUCCUUAGGUCAGACUGUCAAGUGUGGCAGUGGGUGAGGCCUCAGUUCAGGGAACCCAGCUACAUUCUGUGACCAGCUAUGUCAUUUCUUUCUGACACAUGGGUCCUCCUUACACUUAGCCCAUAGCACAGCACCCUAACAGGGGACUUUAUGUCCCACUGAUAGCACAUUUUUAUGUUCUGUAUCUAAUCUCUGAUACAACCAAAGCUCUUUGCCAUUGCCUGACUCUUUCUUUCAUGUAAGUUGCACAGCUGCCUAGCCAAGGUCAUCAGGGUUGAAUCAAUCCAGGGACAUCCAUGGAUCAAAUGGUUAUAUAUUUCUUAAGUUUCAUCCUUGUCCAUAAAGGGGGACAGACAUUAUGAUUACAAGAGGCCUGCCCUGUGUAAUGGGUAGAAAUGAUAACAAGACAGACUAGAGAGGCCCAGACCAUCAGUUAGGGUUUUCUUCCACGAUGUAAGGUGUUUUCAUAGGCUGUGCGCUAUAACCGUGUUCUAAGCACUGAUGUAAGGUGUUUUCAUAGGCUGUGCUCUAGAACUGUGUUCUAAGCACUGAUGUACUUCCAUUGGCUGUGCUCUAUAGCCGUGUUCUAAGCACAGAUGUAUUUCCAAGCUUUUGAGAGACUUUGCUGCAAUGACCACAUGUGCACCGUGACUAAUUUUGAACCAUUUAUGUCCUUCCUGGGAUGAGGGAGCAGCUAGUGCCUCUUCCAUCUUUUGCAAGCUAAGAACAGUUGGACCAAAUGUCUGCAAGCAGACCACCGUGCAAGUGCAAACCUUUCAACAGAUCCAAAGGCAGACAGGACAUGGCAGAGACUCCAAGGAGUCAGAAAUCUGAGGGUGCCAACCCAGAAACCUUGCCUGUGUGCUGUCUCCCUGGGCUUCUCCAUAGGCUCCCAAUAAAGUCAUGUUCCGUGGGUACCGCUCGCCUCUUUGUGAUUUUUGUCUAACUUGGGAAAAGAACCUUGAACUGAUUGGUAAGCACAGAGGCUCUGAUAUGCAUGGCAAGAUAUAUCCUGGGCUAUGGAAGAAUAUGAAGAGGAACUUAAAGAGAGGCUAAAUCAAUA